CUGUGAAGGGAUAAAAAUUGCUGUUUUUGUCUUAUUAUUAUCUGUUUUAGUUCAGUUAAUUUGUAGACUAUCUGUAAUUUUUUUGUCUAAUAUAUUAGAUAAUAAUGGAAGCUUCAGAUCAAAUGAUUUUGAGUGAGAUGACUCAUGAUAUUGAUGAAAAUGAAUCUUUCUUUCAAGAUGUAGACACUCUUCAAAGUCAUGGAAUAAAUGUUGCAGAUAUAAAGAAACUGAAAUCUUCAGGAAUAUGCACAGUGAAAGGAAUUGUGAUGUGCACUCGCAAGAAGCUGUGCGCCAUUAAAGGCUUCUCAGACGCAAAGGUGGACAAAAUAAAGGAAGCUUGUGCCAAAAUCACCUCCUUUGGUUUCAUCACUGCGAACGAAUUCAGCGAGAAAAGGAAAUGUGUCUUCCGAAUCUCCACUGGCAGCCAAGAAUUGGACAAGCUACUUGGUGGCGGAGUGGAAUCGAUGGCAAUCACUGAAGUUUUCGGUGAAUUCCGUACGGGAAAAACGCAGAUGUCGCAUACACUGUGCGUGAUGGCCCAACUACCCAAUGAUGACGGCUACACUGGUGGAAAAGUAAUGUUUAUCGACACCGAGAGUACUUUCCGACCGGAGCGCUUGCGUCCGAUCGCCGACCGCUUCAACCUUGACCAGGACGCGGUACUGGACAACAUCCUCUACGCCCGCAUCCACAACAGCGACCAGCAGCUCGACGCACUCGACUAUGUGGCCGCCAAAUUCCACGAGGAGGCCGGUGUCUUCAAGCUUCUCAUAAUUGACUCGAUAAUGGCGCUUUUCCGCGUGGACUACAGUGGACGUGGGGAGCUGGCCGACCGCCAACAGAAGUUGGGCCAGAUGAUGUCGCGGCUGCAGAAGAUAUCCGAGGAGUACAAUGUUGCCAUCUUCAUCAGCAAUCAGAUGACUGCCGAUCCCGGGGCACUGUCCUUCCAGGCGGACCCCAAGAAGCCGAUUGGCGGACAUAUAUUGGCACAUGCGUCCACUACGCGCAUAUCACUGAGGAAAGGCAGGGGAGAAACCAGAAUCGCCAAGAUUUAUGACAGCCCUGACUUGCCGGAAUCUGAAGCGACCUUCGCCAUCACAAAUGGAGGAAUAGCUGAUGCCAAAGAUUAAUAAUUCCAAUAUAGAAUUAACAUUAGGUACAUCAACAAUAGUCCCUCGUCAUGUUAGAUUCUAAAAUUCCACAUUAUUUAUAAGCUGAUCAGGUUUCUACCGAUAUAUUAUUCUUUGGCAAUAGUAUGUAUGAGUGUAAUUAUCAACAUUAUGAAUACUUUAUUGCUAAGCUUUGAAAGACUUUCUUAUUCCAUCAAUAUAUUUCAUAGAUUCAGAUAUUUUGAUAAAAAUAGAUAUUCCAUGAGUGGAGUACUCAUGGAAUACUUGAUUCCAUACAUACAUUCCAUAGAUUCUGAUAUUUUAAUAAAAAUUACCAUUAAGUUUCCCAUAAGAUUAUUCUUAAAAAUCAUUUCUUGAAUCAAGAUUUUAAACCCAUUUCAUAAGUUACUAUCAAUUAUUGGGUGUUGAAUAGAUUAUAGUACAUUUAAUUGUUUUCAGUAGCCUACUAUUUGUUCCGGUAUUUUUAAGAAUAACUUGUUCAUUUUGUGUGUUAGAUAUUAAUUCCAAGUAGGUACUGUCCUGUUGUAGACAAACAGCUAGUUGAUUCACUAUUAUUCAUAACCAUUUCCAACAAAAAAUUAAAAAUACGAAAACACAUAUUAUAACGUGUACAGUAAUUAGUUGAACAAUAUUUGCUAAAUUAUAAUAUUUUGAAGUUGAAAAUGGAACGAAUUUUGACGAUAGAGGA